AUGCACAUAAAGUCGGCCUGGCUGGCGGGAGUGCGCCCCCUCUCUGCCUCGCUCUGCGUGCCUCUCGUCUACCCGCGCCUCUUCGCCCUGCACCACCUUCUCAAGGAUGCCGCCAACCAGGUGAGUGUCACCUCGUUGCACCUCGCUUUACCGCUCUGCACCUCUUAUCACCUCCUCCUGCAGCGUUCUGCACCCCUCUCUGCGUCGCUCUGUGUGCCUCUCGUCUACCCUCUCCUAGUCGCUCUGCACCCCCUUCUCAAGGAUGCUGCCAACCAUGUGAGCAUCUCUGCACCUCUCUCUGCCACUCUGCACCUCCUGUCACCUCUCUUACCGGGUACCUCUCUCCACUGUCCGCCUUGCUCCGUGUGCCUCUCGUUUACCCGCGCCUCUUCGCCCUACUCCACCUCCUCAAGGACGCAGCGAAUCAGGUGGGCAUCUCUGCACCGCUGUCCACCACUCUGCACCUUUUGUCACCUCCCCCUGCACCACUCUGCCUCGCUCUGUGUGCCUUUCACCUACCCACGCCUUUUUGCCCUGCACCACCUCCUGAAGGACGCAGCAAACCAGAGUUUUGAGUCGACUCAAAACUCGACUUAUCACACCCUGCCGUCCGCCCUGCCUCUCUCAAGCGAGAAGCUGGAGUCGGACGGGGUGUAUCUGGAGGAGAACGGGGAGGAGGCCGUGGAGCAGCAGAAGCAGCAGAACGGGACAGAGGAGGGGCAGGAGCAGCAUGAGCAUCUCCCCUCUGCGCGGCCCCUUUCCAGUGAAAAGCUGGAGCCGGAUGGAGUCUUCCUGGUGGAAAACGGGGAGGAGGCGGUGGUGUGGGAGCAGCAGAAGCAGCAGAACGGGACAGAAGAGGAGCAGCAGCAUGAGCACCUGCCGUCCGCGCUCCCCCUCUCCAGUGAAAAGCUCGAGCCGGAUGGAGUGUUUCUGGUGGAGAACGGGGAGGAGGCGGUGGUGUGGGUGGGCAGGGAGGCGGACAGCCAUCUGCUCUUUGACCUCUUUGGCCUGCGAUCCGUUGAUGAGAUUGCCCCCGGCCCGUUCCUGCUGCAAGAGUUUGACAACCCUGCAUCGCGCAAGCUCAACGCCAUUGUGAACGAGAUUCGUCGCCAGCGGUGCUCGUACCUCAGGCUUCGGCUUCUCAAGAGAGGUGAUCCAUCAGAGAAUCUUUUCUUUCAAACGCUGGUCGAGGACCGUUCGCCGUCGGGGAUGUCCUACGUGGAGUUUUUGGUGUAUGUGCACCGGCAAAUACAAAACAAGAUGGGAUAG